CUGAAUUUCCAGAAUGGAAUUAUUAUCAUUCUUCUUCUUAUGAUUUUGAAACUAAGCGAGUUUUUAACGAUAAUMUUUUCAUCCGCACUAUUUGUGACCUCUUUCGUUUUAGCAUUCCACGUUACUGAAUGAUUUCACUUUCCUAUCGGAAAGCAGGCGUAUGGCUAUAAAACAAACAAAUUAAGGUACUGCAAUUGAAAAUUCUCAUCAGAACGACUAAAAAUGUAAACGAAGUAAAUGUUAUAUUUAUGUAGAAAUAUGAAGAAUAAUAGCAAGGKGAAUGCAUGGAACGCGUUAUGGUGGUACUGCAGUAACCAUAGUUUCAAAAUAUGUGUAUGAGAUUGUGAAUGAGUUGCUUCUAUACUGCGAGGAUCAACUCAAUUUGAUACAUAUUUUCAAAAUGCAUGCAGUCUUAAUUUUUCUAAACCGGUAGCCUCAUGAUCUGAAUAAAAACAAACUUUGCUCUCAUCUCAGCAGACUUUUGAUGGUACAAUAAACAGUUUAAAUGAAACGAUUUCCUGCUAUAGCGAAAGAUCAAUCAUCUUUGAGAUGACAAAGUGAAAUUAUGCAAGAAUAAAGUAUGUAUUUAUUGCGCAUGCCUGGUGUUUUUUUUUWACUAAUCCGGCAAGUGUCAUGUAUCAGCUGUUUCGGUUCGUGUGGGUAUUUCAUUUUGAUACAUGUUUAUCUCUGGAGAAGGAAGAAUCGAAAAUUGAUACAUUAUCAGUGCAAUGCGGCUUUGGCUUGCUUCAUUUUAUCUACAGGUUUUUCAGAUUGUAAAGGGAAUUUCUGUCUCAGACUACACAGCUCACUUGGAUGGGCACCCAGUACAGUAUACAACGAAAAAGAUUACCUGCAGAUUGACCUUGGUCGGUUAAUUGAAGUGUGUGGUGUAGCAACACAAGGUGGUAGAUAUUAUAACGAAUGGGUGACGCAUUACAAGCUUCGUUUCUCAAAGUACGGUGCUUUCUGGAAUACCUACCAAGAAAAUGGAACGGAAAAGAUAUUUCAAGGUAACAGUGACAUGUCAACUGUUGAGAUACGUUGCCUACAGAAUCUACAGUCAGCGAGAUACAUCCRGUUUGUACCRACAGCUUWCCRCAAACAUAAAACGAUGCGUGUAGAGGUUUUUACUUCGUAUCUUGAUGGACCCGACAUUGUUCCACAUCAAAGGUCGUUAMAACUGACAUGGAGGAUUAUGGAUAACAUACCAGUAGUAUCAUACUUGAUGGAGUUCAAGAACAAAAGUAGGAUAGAAAGCUUGAUUUUACCAAAUGACACUAUGGAAUACAACCUAACAAACCUACAACCCUACACUGAGUACAGUGUUCGACUAAGAGGAAUGUUAACAAGUGAUGGAGCUGGAGUAUGGAGCAACUGGAUCAAUGCCAAGACUAUUGCUGCUGCAGCUCCAACAUGCUCUCCUGUGUUACUAUCAGCACAGGCUACCUCAUCCACAAGUGUUCGUGUGACCUGGAAACCACCACCAGAUAACGAGUGUAGGAAUGGAAWAUUGAAGGGUUAUCGAAUAAGGUGCAGUUUAUCGGGAACAGAAAACCUAGAAACUUUUACUGUCAAAAAUGUUAAUGCUUCGACAUACGACAUAACUGGACUGCAAAGAUACACAWGGUACMWGUUCUCUGUAUCAGCCUACACUGUAGCGAACGGCCCAUGGAGCAACCAGUUGACGAAUAGAACUGCAGAAGAUGCUCCAAGCUGUUCUCCUGAUAUCACGUCUAUAUAUCCUUUGACCUCAGUAAGUGCCCGAGUAGAGUGGUCACCGCUUCCAAGUACGCUUUGUCGGCGAAACGGUAUUAUCCGAGGUUACAAAAUUGCGUAUAGAAAAGUUGACGAAGAUGAGCUGUAUUGGUCCACUGAUAGUAAUCCAAAUUCUACUUCAAUCGUUGUGAGUGGACUAAAGAAAUUUACCAACUACAGCUUUCAAGUUCUUGCGUACACUGUCAAGGAUGGAAAUCUGAGCAAGGCUGCGUUUGGRAGAACGCAAGAAGAUGUUCCAGAAUGUUCUCCUGUGAUCACCAACAUACAAGCUAUAUCAUCUACGAGCAUCUCUAUGGCUUGGCAACAGGACCCCACUUGUUUAAACGGUAUAUUACGAGGUUAUAUCAUCCAGUACAGCCUACUUGAUAACAGCACAGUACAGUCUAUCAAUAUCACAGAUGAUCGCUUGUCUACCAGUAGGAACGUGUCAGGACUUCGUAAAUACACCAAUUAUAGCUUUGGAAUCCUGGCCUAUACRAUUGGAAAAGGACCACUGAGUAAUGCCUCCUUCAUCAGAACUGCUGAAGACGCUCCGUCAUGCUCACCAUCGUUGUUAUCAGCKCAAACCUCCUCUUCCACAAGUGUUCGUUUGACCUGGAAACCACCGCCAGAUAACGAAUGUAGAAACGGAAUAUUGCGGGGCUAUUGUAUUGGAUAUAGGUCAKCACCAGAAAUUGGGUCAUACAACAUAAUGCUUGUUGAUCCACUUACGACAACAUACCAUGUAACUGGACUUCAUAAAUACACAUGGUACACGUUCACUGUACUAGUUUACACUGUAGCCAAUGGUCCACGAAGCAACACAUUAGUAAACAGAACUGCUGAAGAUGCACCAGAAUGUUCUCCUACAUUAAUAUCAGUUCUGAACGUCUCGUCUACUUCUAUCAGCGUAAUAUGGACUCCACUACCUCAUGGUAAAUGUAGGAAUGGUGUAUUGAGAGGAUAUAAGAUGUUCUGUAAUAACACCAGCACGGGAGAAAGUUUGGUUAUGCAAAUCAGUGAUAGUGAUACAACAACAGUUAAUGUAACUGGUCUUAGUAAAUACACUGAGUACAGCUUCAGAAUCCUGGGAUACACUGUUAAGGAUGGUCCACUGAGUAAUAAGAUGACAAGAAAAACUAGUGAAGAUGCUCCAGAUUGCUCUCCAAAAUUAAACUYUWYUGAAGUACUUUCUUCGACGAGMAUUCGCGUAAGGUGGAAUGGACUAKCAARGUUACCUUGUAUCAAUGGAAUUGUACGUGGAUAUAAAAUAAAAUAUUAYCAUAACGGUGGUGAUAUCAAUACAUUUCAUAUCAAUUACAAAGGCACCACUACCACAGACAUUGUUGGUUUGAAGAAAUUUACCUGGUAUACGUUUCUUAUCUKGGCGUACACUGUCAAAGAUGGGCCAUUAAGUAAAGAAUACUUGUCAGCAAGAACAAAAGCAGACGCUCCCUCUGCCCCAGUGAAUGUUAAUCGCACUUUGUUAAGAGCAAAUGGAUACGUUGGCCCGCGUAUUGAAAUUAGAUGGGACGAACCUCGUGAGAAAAAUGGUGUGAUCCASAAAUACUCACUAGUCUACUUCYACAACAAAGAUAACGCUACGGAAAAGAAAGAUGAAAUCAUACCAGAUGGAGGGGRACAGCGYACAUACUUSCAUACCAUUGAUGUUAUUGGGGAAACAACUWUCUCGUUCAAAGUCAAUGCAUACACCAUUAAAGAUGGGCCUUAUCAGGAUGGAGAAGACUUGGUUGUUCCUGCUUACCCUCCGAGUACUGCUCCAUCAAACAUUUCAASGAGAGAAAUCAAUGACACUUCAUUUUUACUGCAAUGGAGUCCUAUUCCUCGACAGAAAAGCAAUGGGCAUGUAACGAAAUAUGAGGUACGAUGGAUUUUUACGUCAAGAGGUCGCAAGAAUAGAGCUAAACGUUCGGUGUUUGACAAUGCGAAGAAUGAUACAACGCAUGACCUCCAAUAUGCAAUUACUGGUCUGUUAUCAUGUGCACAGUACAGCAUAUCGGUCCGGGGGURCACAAGUGCAGGGUCUGGACCAUACAGUACACCAAUCAGUGUCAUUACUUCACAACCUGACGGUCCCUUUGGUGUCUUGGUUAAGCAGACAGGCACAACAAGUGUUUUACUUUGGUGGAAGAAACCAGCAAACGUURUCGAAAAAAUCGAUAAGUACAUGAUUGAAUACCGAGGUUAUAAGACGUACACGAAAUUUAAAACUGGAAGGAAUGUAAAAACGAUUGACGGAACGGAACAUCGUAUAACGAAUCUUGUACCAGCGACACACUAUGAAUUCUGGGUAUCUGCAUUCACUCCAUGUGGAAAGAGCCCAAGAAGUACUUCAGCAAAAACUGAAACUCGYGUGACCAAUCCUUUACCACCAAGAAUAGAAAAAAUACAGCAAUACCAUGAAACCGGUGUAUCAGUUAAUGUAACAUUGUUUCCUGCUUCUCAAAUUAAUGGGCCAAUCAGCGCUUAUCAAGUUAUUGUGGAGUUCCUGAAGGAAAAYGUAACCAGGUUUGACCACCGACUGCUUUCAAACUACGAGCAAAAUACAUACAGCUAUCCAAUAGCCGAGAAGAACAAUGUGGACUAUUACAUCACUGCAGAAGUACAAGGUGAUUGGCUCAAAUCAUCCAGGCAACUGAGGAUUGGUGACAACUUGACAUACAGCAAAUUUAGAAAUAUGCCUUUGAAGAAAGGUGCACGAUAUCAUAUUUACCAGAGAACUGUGGCAAAAAAUACGACGAAGAUGCUGUACAGCAAAGAAGCACUGGUAGCAAACAUCAGUGUUGCAUCCGCGGAUGUCGUAGAAGAAACGAAAGCUCUUAUCCGAAAUACUUCAGGAUCGGGAACCGUGGUUGGAUUAGUGGUGGGUUUGAUGCUGCUGAUAAUUCUGGUGACUUUUGUUGCUUACUUCAUUUUGAAACGGCAGAGAAACGUAAAGAAAGAAGAAAUCAAAAAUAUCUCAUUGCCCUUAGUAGCGAUUAAAUCACAACAACAGAACAGCUCAAAUGACCAAGGCUUAGCUCAUGAAGAAAAAGAAAAUGUCAUCAAACCAAUACACGUCACCAAAUUUGCUGAAUACAUUGCCGCCACAAGGAAAGACGAAUUCUCUGAACUACUAAAUCAGUUCAAGGCGGUCCCAGGCACUCAUGUGUUCUCAUGUAUUGCUGCAAAGAAAGCGGUGAACAAAGUUAAAAAUCGAUAUGGCAACAUCGUGGCUUAUGACCACUCUCGGGUAAAACUUCAACGUAUCAACGAAGAUGAGGAUUCUGACUAUAUCAAUGCUUCUUUUAUGCAUGGCUACGAUGGUACACAUAGAACCUACAUUGCGUCCCAAGGACCUUUACCUGAUACCACCAACGACUUUUGGAGGAUGAUUUGGGAGCAACACACUACAUGCAUUGUCAUGCUUACUAAUCUUAUCGAGCUUGGAAAGAGAAAGUGCCAUCAAUAUUGGCCCGAAAACUCGGAACAAUAUGCAGAUAUUACAAUAACAAACCAUAAAACAGARGUUUUUGCAGACUACCAUAUUCGCACUUUACUUUUGACAAAGGGCACCCACGACAAGAUUUCUCGUCGUUUGCUUCUUUUCCACUUUACUGCGUGGCCAGAUAAAGGAGUUCCUAAAAAUGCUACAGCCUUACUCUCGUUCAGGAGAAAAGUUCGGGAAAUGAGCAAAUGGGCAAACACAGGACCAACGGUCAUCCACUGCAGUGCUGGUGUUGGACGAACUGGCACAUACAUGAUCAUUGAUGCAAUGCUGGAACAGGUCGAAAGCAAAAAGACAAUAGACAUUUACAAUUACUUGWWCGUUUUAAGRAAAGACAGGCCCUAUAUGGUUCAAACGUUGGAGCAGUAUGUGUUUAUUCACAUGGCAUUAUUCGAGGAGAUCACAUGUGGUAACACUGAAAUCGAUGCAAGCAACCUGGAAAAUGUCAUGCAGAAUCUGUCAUCUAUAGACAACGAGGAAACCCUCAGUGGCUACGCAAUUGAGUUCCAGCGGCUGGAAUUUAUUGCCUCUUAUGGAGUAAAAAAMGAAUGUGGAGUUGGACAGGAAGAGGAGAAUGCAACAAAAAACAGAUAUAAAAACAUAGUACCAGUAAACCAGUGCAGAGUAGUCCUGAGUUCAGAUGAUUCAAAUCAAGGAGACUACAUCAAUGCUACGUUCAUAGACACUUACAGAGAGCGCAACGCCGGAUUCACCUUGACACAAGCUCCCAUAGAAAUAAAACACGAUARAAGAUUUCUGGAGAAUGGUUAUGGACUACGAGUUCGGAACCAUAUCGACAUGUUAAAUAAUUUUCAGGAAGGAGACGAGAGACAGCGCAGCGUGCAGCACCUUCAGCACACGGCUUGGGAAGAUAAUUCUGUCCCAAACAACUCCCAGUUUGGAAGUCGCAGCAGAAGUGCAGUAAUAAUCCAGAAGUCGUUCACUGUAGUAAUGGUGUUGGUCGUAGCGGUACAUUCUGUGCUAUUGCUUCAUGUCUURAACGAGUCAAACAAGAACAAGUAUUGGACGUAUUUCAGAACGCUAAGAAUAUUCGUGCCAAAACGGUUUCUCAGAAUUUUGAUAUCUUGUCUCGUUUUAAAGUUAUUUCAUGAUUUAUGCGUAAAAGAGGUAAAAAUCACGUCAAUCAACUUUGAGAACAAAUAUUUCCGCAACAAAUGCGUUUAUCGAAAAUCUGAGACACUGUUUUGGAGAUUAAACUGUGCUCUUUACGGUGACGUCAAUUAUUUCCUAAAAAAAAAAAUUCCCGUGUUCUGGGAUCUUUUCGAAAAAGAGCGGUCGAAAAUUAUAAAACUCGCACUCUCAAAAAACCCUCUCUCUCAAAACAUAAUUCUCAUGGUUGAAAUUUGUGUUUAUUCAGUAUUAAGAAAAUAUAUACUUUUGUAGCCAUUAGAUGAAUAGUUAGUGCGCUAUGACGUUUUUAGUGAACAUCGGUCGCGAAGGUCCCCUGGUACCUUAAGAAUAUUCGUGUCAAUAGACCAGGAGCUGUAGAAACAUUGUUAAGUAUACAACUCCUCUUGUCUCUACUCCUUUCCUUAGCUCUCCUUUGCUCCCCUCUGCUCUUCUAUUCAUCUGCCUUCUUUAAAAAUACAAUUUGUUUAUAUUGUCCCAUUACGAGUAGUGUUACAUCACCUUGAAACAAUACCUCGACUCCUUCAUAGAUUAUGCAAACUUUACUGGCAUUUAAUUACGUUGUAAAUGGAAUGGAAUUUCAUAUUCAACAAGCAAAGACAAUACGUCCUCAAGAAAUUCUUAGAUCAAGGAUUUUAUAGAAUAUGGUAAAAUAUAUAAUCCUGGCGGUGCACACGUGUGUAAAAAAAUGGCCGAUAAGAUAACUUCUGGAGGGUAUUCCUUGCGAAGAGUAAUAAAUGUCACUAACACUGACUCCCAUUAACAAUGAAGGGAUAGGAUGAGGGUCACCAAAACCAAAUGCAAAAGUCUAAACACGCGAUGCUUUUGGAGAAAUAAAAGCUAAUACUCAAUGACUAAUACUCUUGCCAAUACAAAACAAAAGAAAACAAUGGAAUCACUGACUACUAAUUAGGUGCAUUAAACCAAUAUCUCUUUCACUUGUCGAUCAAGUGCCAUAACUUCAUAAAGAGAUAAUAAUAUAUAUCUUAAUAUAUAGUGAUAUACUCAAUGAAUCCUCGAAGAUUAAUUGAAGAUUGAACUUAAAACUAAAACAAUUCUACAUUUUAAACAUGCGAAUUUGGGUAUCAGUAUUUU